GACAACUUUCACCCGCCGGAUAAAUUUGUUCGAAAAUUUCGAAAAUUACAUGAAUAAAUUUGUAAAUAAAGUCCACGUUCAUUGAUUAUGAUUAUUGUUAUGUAAUUCAUAGCUACGAUGUGAUAGGUGAUCAUGGGACCUAAAAAGAAGUCAAAUCCUUGGUACAAGGCACCAAAGUCAAAGAAGAAUAAGAAGGUUGAACCAGUAUCACCAGUCUCUGAUGGCGAAUUAGAACAAGACCCUGAGGCAUGCCGCUUCUGCCACUUAAAUGUUGACAGUGAGAAUCUUUAUGGGAAGUUCCUGAAUAAGGAUGGAAUCGUCACGCAUUACUUUUGUAUGCUUUUUGCCAGUGGUCUUGGACAGAAUGGUUGCACUGAAACAGAUGGAAUUCUGGGGUUUCUUCCCAAAGAUAUCAACCGAGAGCUUUCCAGAGGACAUCGUUUUAAAUGUAUCUAUUGUCGGAAAAGAGGUGCUACAAUAGGAUGUUGUAAAAAAAGUUGCCGUGCUGUCUUCCAUUUUAAUUGCGGUCAAGAAAAUGGUGCUCUCAACCAGUUUUUUGGUAAUUUUAGUUCGUUCUGUGGCGUCCAUCGGCUCAAGCAGAUUACACCAUCAAGUGAUCGCUUGGCAUUUCACGGGACGGCUGUCACUAACUGUGCAAUAUGCAUGUGUUCAGUUGAAGCCAGGGCCUCCAAUGAUACCCUUAGGACUCCUUGUUGUAAGAACUCAUGGUACCAUAGAGAAUGCAUCCAGAAUCAAGCUCUUUCCGCUGGACUGCACUUCUUCAAGUGCCCAUUGUGCAACAACAAGGAUAAUUUCCAGAAGGAGAUGUUGACUUUUGGCAUUUACAUUCCUGAUCAAGAUGCUGCUUGGGAACGAGAAGCGAAUGCAUUUCAGGAAUUACUUGACAGACAUAGCCGGUGCGAUGUCAAAACUUGUCUUUGUCAAAAUGGCAGAACGUUCAAAACAUCUGGGAAGUUCAACAUCGCCCUCUGUGACUUGUGUGGUUCUCAGGGAACUCACUUGGCCUGCUCAAACCUGAAAAGUGAGGAUAGUGCAUGGGCUUGCCCUGACUGCAAGAAAGUACAAGUUAAGGAUAAAAAGAAGAAGGUGCCAAGCCCUGGACAAGCAACUGUGAAAUCUAAGUCACCACAAAACUUUGCCUCCUAUCUCGAAGAAAAGGGACGUAGUUCGUACAUACCAACAAAAGCAUUCCCUGCGAAGAAGGGACAGAAACGAAAAUGCAGUGCAGCCGAAGGGCGGCCAUCAGCCAAACGGUGUCGAAUCAUGGAAUGUUCUGUGAGAUUGACAUCUAUCGAUAAACAAUUAGAAGAACAGGAGAUAUGUGGUAAAAGGUGCUUGUUAUCUCCGGGGCGUACUUCGGUAAAGUUCUUUUCCAAAGAACAAGUGAGAAGCAAGCAAUUAUCGGAGGAUAUGAGAAAAAGUAAAUUGGACAUAUCACGAUUCCGGAAAAAACUUGAGGCUAUCAAGCAACAGAGACUGAAAAUGGAGAGUGCGCCUUCUCCCUCUAAAGUAAUCACCUCGCCAAUAACCGGCAAGACAAUUGAUUCUGAUAAUUUGCGUAGAAAGAUACGGAGCCUCAAUGACCCCUCGAUCUCGCCAUUUUCAAAUGACGGCUUGGAAUUUGGCAGUGUCGUGAAGUCAUCAAGCCCCAAAUCUUUUGGGUCUGAAUUUGUUUACCUUUCACCGUUUCCAAGGAAAUCAUCAAUACUCUGUGCAGAUACGUCUAUGAAAUCGUCACCAAUUACACCAAAAUCACCCAUGAGCUUUGGCGAUCGCACACCUGGAAAUUCUAGCUUUACGUUAGGUGUUUCCCCAAGCUCAUCCUCUUCAAGUGAUUUUACGCCGAAAGGUUCUGCAAAUUUCCGAAAGCAGACGACACCAUAUACUUCCACUGGAUCGCCUGUGUUUAUUCCUGCACGUAGUUCCAGUGUCGGUCUGCAGACGCCUCAGUCCUCCUCGAAAUCACCUGGUCUCCUAACAGGCAGCAGCAGGUCAUCAAAAAGUAUCAACAAAUUCCAAGUUGUUUCACAUGAUGAUACGUUUUCUACACCCAAGUUUGGAUGUCGCACACCCCAAGUAGAAGUUAGCAGUGCUGGCACUCACGUUGUACACAACGAUUGUAACAGUGAAGGAAUCAACAGAAAUGUUGGGAAUGUUGGAAACAAGUCAUGGUCGACAUGCUCGCUUCACUCUGUGUCCAGAGGCCUACAUUCCAAGCGGUCCUUGAAUCACAUCCACUCUGAACCCCGACAGUCAGUAAAGAGACUUGACUUCUUAGAAGAAAUUGAAAAGUAUGGCAAAGACCUGAAGUCAACGAUCCAAUCACCAGGGUCACAAUCUGAUCAAAAUCUCACCAAUGCAGCCAAUUCGUUCCGAUUGUACCCCUCCCAGGUCCCACUCUCCAAACCCGAGUUUGAUAGACUGUGGAGUUCCUCUUCAUCUGGCUCUGAGACUGAAUCUCCUUGUCAGAAACAAUCAUCAAAAAUGUAUCCAAGAGGGAAGUGGUAUUACCUUCCUAAAGGAGUUGACAAAGUGGCCAAGCAUUCAUUCAUGCGGUUGCAGCAAUCGGGAUUACGAUCAUCUUCUGUCAUCAAACCGAAUGUAGCAGUUGGCCUCAGACGACGGGAUUCGAAAUCCACCCGCUACCGCUCAGCACCGACAUCACCAGGUAAGCAGAACCCACUUCCUAGUACAUCGAGCAUCUCCUCUGACUCCGAUUCUGACUAUGUGCCGAUGUCAGGGCCGUCUCAUUCACCAUCAGCCAACUUGUCAGAUGCAAUCACAGCUGGUCAAGUACCAGGAUCACCUGCCACGUCUCCACUGGACAAUCGUGUUAAAGACCAAGGUAGUCUGACAGAUCAGCCAGAAUAUAUCCCUUUGGAAACUUUUGCAGGAUGCAGUUCAUGGAGUCAAGGGUCACCAAAAAAACAUUCUCCUGUUACUUCGGCAACACUGAAUCAGAGUCCAUACCGAAGGAAGCUCAAGAACAAAGCAAGGAAGUCUAUGAAGAGUUUAUCAUUUUCUUUUGCAAGUCAAAGUCCUGAACUUUCUUGCCAACCAUUUGAGACUUCCCCACAUCUGUCUGCCCUGUCUUCUGCCCUGGUGUUGAGCGAUACUGAUGAUGAGGGACCUGAGUCUGCAGUGUUGUCUCCUACAGCAAAUGUGCCAAGAGAAGCAUCCGAACCCAUCCCAACAACUGCAGAACCAGAGGUCAUCCCUACCACCAGUUACAAAACAACUUCUCCCACUGUAACACACAGAUCUUGGUCUCCAGCCUUGGAAGUAAUACCUGCAAUUGUUUCUACUGUGUCACGAAGAGUGUCAUCUCCAAACUUGGAAGUUCCCCCUGCCUCCAGUGCACCCAUUGUUGCCCAAUCUCAACCACCUUCUCAAAGUACAUGUGAAAAAUUGUGCCCAGUUGACAUUUUUGAAGCACCUUCUCAAUCAACAUUUAAAAAAGCUCAGAUGACAUCUAAGCCUAACGAAAGUGACCCUAUCCUCCCAUUAGUGGUACCGACUCAUCCGCCCGUAGUAGUCAUUGAUGACGACGAUGAUGAUCUACAUGUAAAGGGAAAAUCAAGUGUAGUGGAGCCAAGUUGUCAGCAAGUUGUGAUCAUCUAUUCUGAUGAUGAUGAUCUUGUUGACCUAACUGCAGAAGAUGAUGACGACUCGGUCUGCAUAAUAGAGAGUAGUUUCAAUCAAGCCAACCAAAAUGUGGUAUCGGUGCCUGGUCAUCUCCAGAAGAACAUGACCUUGUUCCGGGGGCCGGCAAACAAGGUGCUCAUCCCGGUUGCCGCAGCAGGGCUGUCCCAGCCAGCUCGUGCCAGUAUCGGACUCGUUAGCAUUGAGCCGAUAGUAAUCGCGGAUGAUGACGAUGAUGAUGGAACAACCAAAGAUGAUCCGUCACCUCUUGCAAACCAGACGUCAGAUAUCCAAGGAAGGCCGGUGGGGCGCAUUAAUCCUUUCCAGCUAGAAAGUCACUGAUGUUGGUGCAGUAUUGCUUUGUGCAAUAUGGCAGAGCCUGGCUUAGAGAUGACCCUAAACAUGCUAAAAGGAAAUUAAUCAAUUUUGGGAUCAGUGAAAACAAUGCUAACUAUUUUUCGGUGCUUUGAAGAAAAGUUAGUUACUCUCAGGUUUGAGGUGAAUUAUCUUACACGCCUCAAUAUAAAAUGCAACUUUGGUAAAGGACUUGUAGUGAUGUAAUUGUAGCAUCCAUUUUGGACGGCGAUCUUUGUCCUUGAUACUGUCUGAUCGUGAUGAAAAUGUGUUGAUGUUAUAGGUUUGUUGUGCUUGCAACCUUGUCCUUGGAAACCAGUGAUGCUAUUACUAGCAUUUAGUCAGAAAUAUACAGUAUGAAAACAGUUGGUUGAAGACAACAGAUGGUAUUAUGUUCUGUGAUGUUUAAAUGCAGGAAAAACUGUACAGCGAAAUGUUAAUAACAUAAAUGAAGAAGUUAAUUUCUGUUGGCGGUGAUUGUUUUUGUAGUUUUAGCGAAGUGUACAUCCAUAAUAUACAUUGACGCUCCUUUCACACUGGUAUCUUCUGGGGCGAUAUACGUAUUUUAACUUCUUAAUCUGAUUUAUUUAAUCAAUUUUAGGUAAAUAUAAAUGAAUGACGUGUAUUCAUGAACAAAAAUUACUUGGAUAGAGAUGCUUGCUGAAUCGUUACUUGUAUAUGACUUGGCCUAUAUUUCACAUACAUUGCAGCAAUUUUGUACAGAUGUUACGUUGACAUUUUGGUGAUCCUGGUCAUAUGUUUGCCAUCCAGUAUGGGCUCGGUAGUUUAACCAUUCACUCUCCUUGAUGAUAAAGUGCCUUCUGUUAUUUUGUGGGAGAGUCUUCUGUCCAUCUGAUUCCAGGAUUCUUUUCAUUCCCAGAUUUACCAUCAGGAAACAAAAAUAGUUCAAUAUGCAUAUGUACUGAAACAGGCAUUGUUUAAAAUUGAUGGGAACAUUUUGUGUAAUAACGCAAUCUGUAUAUAUUUUAUGUGUGUUAACAAUCAUGGAGCCUUUGUAUGUUUUAUACUUGUACUGUUUUAUUACACUGUGCAAGA